CGAGGGCAGCCGGGCGACGCGCCUCGGGGCUGGGGAAUGCGCCACCUCGGGACUCCUUUCCUCUCUUCGCUAAGGAAUAGCUGCUCUCGACCCCGCCGCUACCCAGGGGCUUUGCACUUGAACCCUACAUGGAGACUGUAUCCUUCUUUGGAAAGUUGAAGCUCAAAUUAAGCUCCCGGAGAAGCUUAAUGCCUAGGACAGUGCCUGACACAACGAAAGGGUAGACGCAUAUAUGUUUACUAUGCGCUGAAUUGGCUUUCCAAGAUGAAGUGACCUAUUCAAGGUCACAACUGGGGAGAGGACUGAGCUGGGAUUCAAACCUAGGAAUUUGGGGCCUCGUGGUAAACUGAGCGUGAAUCACAAGGAUGAUUUUAGGACUAGCAAUCAUUUCGGUGACAUUACCAUUGAAGGAGAAGAGACUCAUGGAUGUCAAAAUAGGGGAGCUGCCAAGCUGGAUAAUGAUGCGGGAUUUUACCCCUAAAGGCAUUGGUGGAGCGUUUCAAAGAGGUUACUACAGGUAUUACGACAAGUAUGUCAAUGUGAAGAAAGGGAGCGUUGCUGGGGUUUCUAUGGUGCUGGCAGCUUAUGUGCUUUUCAACUACUGUCGUUCUUAUAAGGAACUAAAACAUGAGCGACGACGCAAGUACCACUGAAGAGGGCCCAGUGUGGACUCCACAUUCCUGACCAUGAUCUUUGCCCAGCACCUCUGAAUCCUUUCAUAUUGUAAUUAACACCUAAUAAAAGAUGGCUGGUA